AUGAAAAUGGAGAACUUCGUGAGGAGGAUGGAGGAGGAAAUCAGGAGCGAGGACGACGUCAAGAAGGAAGACCCGGGGUGCCAUGAGCCGAUCAGCAAUACCCAGCUCCAGAAGAAGAGAAAGAUAACCAUUUCUCCAUAUAGCUUGCAGAAGAAGAAGUGUGUUACAGAAAACAACACGGUAGAAAAAAAGGAGGCUGCCUCUAUGUCCUGCGGAAAGUGUGGAAAAAGAUUAAAGCUGACAAACAACUACAGCUGCAGAUGUGGGAACGUGUACUGCAUCAGGCAUAGAUUCUACGAUCAGCACAGCUGUACAUUCGACUACAAGGCAAUAGCAAUACCGAAGCUCUCCGCACAGAACCCAAAGAUCAUUGGAAAGAAGAUAGGCGAACUCUAG